GGAGGACGAAAGUAAACCCAACAUCUUAGCUUCCUCAAGGAGGCAUCAACUGGUUAAAAUGGUUCUUGAGAAAGUCCCAACAACUGAAGUAAAAUGUAAGCUUCUUUCAUGGGAUUUAGAGAAUUCCCAGUCUCAGUGAGGAUCCAAGGGACUGUGAGCGGUGGGGGGCAGAGCCUGUAACAGUUCCAAAAAGCACAACUAGGUGGAUAGGGAACACAAUCAACACAACCCUUUUGCUUAUUCAAUUACUUUAUGGAAUUGAAAAAGCUGCAAUGAUCCUAAUGGGUUAAACUUAAACCCAGUUCUCUGAUUCUCUCUCUCUCUAGAGUCUUCUUAAGUUCUCAGCUCAUUAGAAGGGUAAGGCAGCAAAACGAAGCUCUUCCUUACCCUCUUGGCUCUUGUCUCUUGUCUCGUCUCUUGGCUUUUGGUUCUUGUCUCUUGCUUUGAAGGGUGAAAAAAUCAGAAAUUGAGAAUGCCCGAGAUGGAUGGCUCCGCUAAGCAUCCCCAAAUCUCUGAAAUGUUUCAGAAAUUUGCAAUGGCUUUCAAGACUAAAACCAUUGAAUUCUUUGCAGAAGAAGAGGACGACGAUGCCGACACCGUCUCCCUUCUCGACUCCCCAGAAGAGAUCAUCACUGGGCAGCGAGUCGUCGUCCUUAAACCCGACCACCUCCCCAAAUCAACCCCACCUACCCAACCUCAACCACCGCCAUCACAACAGCAGGAACAACAGCAUUUGGAUCAUCUAAAUUCCAACGGCGAUCUCCAGAACAAAACUUUCCAAGCCCUAAUCCCCUCUCUGUUCGCCAGCAUUUCCUCUUUCGAGGCUUCUUAUCUGCAAUUCCAGACAGCCCAUGCCCCCUUCGAUGCCGACAACAUCGAGGCCGCCGAUAGAGUCGCCGUCUCAUACCUUCAGAAGCUAUCCGAGCUCAAGCAAUCCUACAGACGCUUCCGUAAGCACCCAAGUACCCUCAACCCCCCUGGAUUCCCUAUCGUUUCUCCUCUGGAAGCUCAGGUGGAGGAGAAUCAGAGCUUGCUCCGUAGUCUCGAGCUGGUCGUCAACAGGUUACGGUCAGAUAUCGAUCUUAAAGACGCUGAGGUUUGCGCAUUGAAGCAAAAGUUACGGAAGAUUGAAAAAUCCAAUUUGAGAUUGUCCAAGACGUUGUCUAAUUCUAAUUCUAAUUCGAAAACGAAACCCAAUUCUUUGCUCUCCUCGUCUUUUCUCCCUGCUUCUCCCGAGGUUAUGCUGUCCGUUGGGGUCUUCGAUUCGGUCUUGCAGGACGCUUGCAGAUCCUCGCAUAGUUUCUCCAAGCUCUUGAUUGAUUUGAUGAACAAAGCUGGGUGGGAUUUGGAUUUGGCCGCAAAUUCUCUUUAUCCAGAUGUCAAGUACGGCAAGAAAGGACACAAUCGGUAUGCUUUCCUCUCCUAUGUUUGUCUGUUGAUGUUCCAAGGAUUCAAUUUGGAGGGUUUUGGUUUGGAAGGGGAUGAGGUUCGGAGCAACGGCGCUGAAUUGUUGAGCGUUCGGCGGAAGAAGUCUCUACGGCAAUUCGUCGAGCAUGGAAUAGCAGAUGCGAUGGAGCUUCUGAGUAGGGAACCAAGCAGCGAUUUUGCAACAUUCUGUGAUAACAAGUACCAACAACUUGUCCACCCCACGAUGGAAUCCUCCCUUUUCAGAAACUUGGAGGAGAACGAAAUGGUAUUGGAUCCUUGGGGUUCAUCCUCUGUUUUCUACGAGUCGUUUGUGACCAUGGCUAGCUCAAUAUGGAUGCUUCAAAAAUUAGCCUUUGCGUUCGACCCAGUUGUUGAGAUUUUUCAGGUGGAGAUAGGGGUUGAUUUCUCUAUGGUUUAUAUGGAGAAUGUCACGAGGAAAGCUGUAUCUCCUGGUAAAACUCGACCCAAGGUGGGAUUCACAGUGAUUCCAGGCUUCCGGAUUGGGAGAACUGUAAUCCAGUCUCAGGUUUAUCUAACUGGCUUAAGAUGUGCAGAGCAAGUGUUUCCUGAUUGUCCUGUGUGAAGAAUAAAGAGCUUUUAGUGAUACAUUUUGUAGAUUUAGCUUUUCUAUAGAGGAGGACAAAACGAAUAUUUGGGUAGAACAAGAUUUGAUCUCUGAAGAGCUGGUCUGUUAGCCAUCCAGAUCGAUUCCAGAAAUUGAACAAGACCUGGAAUCUGGUGAAUGGCUAAUAAACAAAGCAAUGAGAUACCACAAUAUAUAAAAAAGAGAACUUUGGUUCUUUUCCACCAAGCCAUUGCACUGUUAAUCACUCUGUUCUGAAAUUUCUUGGGCCAUUUUCUCCUCAGAUGAUUCUAUUUGGUUUUCCACUUAAUCUUCCAAUUGGAUUCGUGGUGAGUCCCAUGUAAAGCUGGUUGUAAAGCAUAGUUUCAUAAUUUUGUAAAUCUUUGUAUUGGUUAUACUUACAGAUAUAUGUAUCUAAAUUCCAAGUGUCAUCCUAAAGUAUACAUUAGUUAUGAGAUCAGUUAAUUGUUCA